AUGGAGCAGCCGCUCCUCGGCGCGGCGGCGCCGCGCCCCGGCUCGGGCAGGACGCCGGCCCCCCGCGGCGGGGCGAAGGCCCCGGAGGCCGCGGCCCGCGGCGGCGGCGCGCGGAGUAGCCCGGAGGCGCCCGCGGCCCGCGGGGGCCCCGCGGCGCGCGGGGAGGGCCCCGGCGGCCCGCCGGGCCUGGUGCAGCGGGUCGUCGAGGCCGUGCAGGACUUGUGCUCGCCCGUGGGCCUGGUGCUGCGCGAGGACCGGGCCCACCUCUCUGGCAUCGGAGGCGAGUCGCCUCAGGCGGCGGCGAGCAGGCAGCACGAGCACGAGGCGCUGCUGGCGAUGCCGACCGCGCCCCUCGUCAGCGUCAUGGCCGCGAUGUCCAGGUACGACGGCAGCGACAUGGCGGAGGCGGGGUGCCGGCGCCUGUGCGAGCUGCAGGCGCAGCAGGAGGAGGGGCUCCUCGCCGCGGGCGCCGCGGAGCUGGUGCUGCGCGCCAUGGAGCGGCACAAGGGCGACCGGUCCCUGGGCAUCCAGGAGGCCGGCGUCCGUUUCCUGCGCGACGCAGCGUCCUCCCGCGAGGGCCAGGCCAAGGUGGCCGCCGCCGGCGGCUGCCACGCGGUGCUGCGCGCCAUGUCGGGCAGGGCCGCCUCAGGGUCACCCCGCAUGCAGGAGCUCGGCUGCGGGGCGGUGCUCAACCUGGCCCGCGACCACUCCGAGGGGGGCUCCAAGGGCCACGCCGCGUGGAAGGUGGGCAUGGAGGGCGGCGUCGGGGCGGUGCUGCAGGCCAUGACGGCGUGCGAGGACUCCCCCCAGGUCCAGCAGGCGGCCUGCGCCGCCUUGCGGGCCCUGCUGCUGGACCCGAGCAGCCAGGCGAAGGUCGUGGCUGGCGACGGCAUCCAGGCCCUGCUCCUCGCGACCACCGUGCACGCCGCCGACGCCGCCGUGGUCGCGGCGGCCUGCUCGGCCCUGCUGCUGCUGGCGAGGGCCUACCCCGACAGCCUCCCCCAGAUGGCCGCGGCAGGCGCCGCCGCCGCCGCCGCGCGGUGCCUGUCGGACCACGCGGCCGACGCGGCCGCGCGUGCUGCGAGCCGCUCGCUCCUGGAUCUGCUGGGGGCUGCGCACGGCCCCGCCCCGCGCGCGGCGCCGUGA